UGGUGGAAUUUGUUUGUGCACACAGACAUAUUGUGGUUGCGGAUUCAGCUUUGCCCGUGACCAAAAUAAAACUUAGAAGCUUACAAUUUAUUUAACGCUACUAAAUGUAUUUCAAACUCUUUUACUAAUAAUCCUUCUCCCCUUCUUUAUAAUUACUCCAUCUCUUUAGUUCCAAAAACAAUAAAAAGAAAAUUUUAUAUAUAUCUUCCCUCCUAUCGCUGAAACCUCAGACUAAAUUGAAGAGAGAGAAGAAGAAGAAGCAGCAGCUUCAGAUUCCCUCCUCUGGGUUUUAACCCUCCCCCCUCUUUCUCUCUCUAGAGUCACACACUCCCAAUUCACAAUCGGAUGUAGUCGCCUGCUGAUCUCCAUAAAACUCCCCAAACAAUCCAACGGAACGCAUAAACCACCGCAGUUUCUCGCAUAUCUUUCUGGUCUGUGUGCAGAAAUGGCGGAAACGAAGGGAAAAAAGAAGAGGCUAUCGAUAAACCUCUCCUUUCUCGCACUCUCCGACUCCAGAAAACGAGCCAACGCCCGCUUCCUGCCGACGCAUUUCGAGGGACCGAACGGCGUCGUGGGGCUCGGCAUUCUCGCGGCCAUGAGAGCUGAUCGCCAGCCGCAUCACGAUCUGUUUCGCAACAACGGUGCCGUUCUGGCGAUUUCUCCAAAAUCGGCGUCCAACUCCAUCCACAUAAUCAACAGUAGUCAUAAGAAGAUCAGCGCGGAGGAGUGCGAGGAGUACACUUGUGUGAUUUCUCACGUGGGGAAGAAUCUCGUGAAGAAGAAGGAGUAUUUCGAGGCUGAGAUUUUGGGGGCUAAUGAUGGGUGUGCGGGUGUUUUUACUGGAAACGGCGGCGGUUAUGCGGCGGAGAGCGGUGGUGCUGAAACCUACGCCGGUUUUCUGAAUUCCUGCGUCCUAUGCGAGAAGAAGCUCCAUGGCUUGGAUGUUUUUAUGUACAGAGGGGAUAAGGCAUUCUGUAGCACAGAGUGUCGCUGCAAGCAAAUAUCAAUGGACGAACAGAAGGAGAAGUGCCAUUCCAAGGCGAGGGCACGUAUGAAGCACUCAGUUUCGCCAUUCUCUGUCGCCGCAGCCUGAGUCCUUGAGAUGUUUGAACGUAUAUAUAGUAUAUACCGAUUGUAGAAGAAUAAAAGCUCCUUCAAGAUCGUUUGUAUGGGAGAGGGAGAGGGUGGGGUGGGGUGGGUUGGGGUUGUACUUCAAAAUUUUGGUUCGUAAACUCUAAGGACGGGAGAGUGGAGUUGAGCCAUACGACCAGAGGCCCUAAGUUGAGAUACUGUAUUGGAGAAGCCAAAGAGAAAAAAUUGAAUAAUUUAAUUAUUUACUAUCUACUUGGCCUUAUUCUUCAUCUGGAGCUAGUAGCUUCUUUGCAGGACCAAGAUCGAAUCAUUAGUUGGUUAUGAUUGAGGAUUCCGCAAAAUAAAGCCAUUAAUUUGAGGUCAACAUUUCGUAUGAAUCUUGAACAUUGGCCUCUUGGAUUAGUUAUCAGGGCCUAUAACAUAAUAAGCACAUUAUUGUUUGAGUGAGUGAGUAGCCAUUCAAAACUCUAAUUCGUUAUCCCAACUAUGUGAUAAUAUGUGUUAUCUGUUAUAGAUUUGUGGUCACAUACCAAAUAUAUUGUCUUUUAUC